AAAGUAUGCAUUACAUUGCAAAGAAGUGUUAUCACUCAACAAAAGGCAUUGCAUUAGGCAUUCUUAGAGUUCCACCUUUGUUUGUGAUUGAAUUUCUUCAUCAAGUGGUUGACUUGAUCAUAGAAUAUUUCUCUGACUGUACUGAAACAAUCAUUAAAGAAAAUUGUGUCAUUUUAUUGGAAGAGAUGUUGGAUAAUGGAUUCCCUCUUGCUACAGAGUCAAAUGUCCUUAAAGAGUUGAUAAGACCUCCUAGUAUAGUUAGAAAUGUUGUUAAUAAAGUGACUUGAGACAGCAAUAUGAGCAGUCAUCUUCCAACUGGUCAAUUGUCCAAUUUUCCAUGGAGGAGAACUGGUGUAAAAUAUGCAAAUAAUGAGAUUUAUUUUGAUGUAGCGGAAAGCAUUGAUGCCAUCAUUGAUAAACAGGGAUCCACCAUAUUUUCAGAAAUACAAGGAACUAUUGACUGCAACUGUACAUUAUCUGGCAUGCCUGGUAUCUCAACAUGUGUUUUACAAAUCCUCGUAUCCUUGAAGAUGUCAGUUUUCAUCCUUGUCUUCGCUUCAGAAGAUGGGAGAGUAAAUAUGCUACCAUUGUUCGCAAAGCCUUGUGUCUUGUUUCAAGAGAUCGAGAAUGUUGUCGUGACUGUUCCAUUUCUUAAACAAGUUCUCAACCUUAACUUGACUACAAACGUCGGUACCUAUUUAUUUGAUCCAAUCAAAAAAGAGCUUUCAUGGGAGAUCGGUAAAAUACAAUCUCAGACACCUCCACCUAACAUCAAAGGAAAUUUAAAGUACUCAGAGGCUGAGUUUGGAGGUGCAUGCAAGUUGAUAUGUUUACCAUCAAUGUUGCCAACUGCAUGGGGAAAGUGCCAUUUGCACUUAAAUUCAUCAGCAAUGUGUAACCAUUGUUGCUUUGUUGUGGAUGGCUUUAAAUAUUCUUCCUUCAGCACAUUAUACAAAGCUUCACAGACCUCAGGGAAUUUCAUUGGUAGACAACCGUCGUCAUGGAUUUAUCUGCAAACGUUUAUACAUAAAUCCCGACACUGGCUAAGUUACAUAAUUUGGCAGGAAGACGUUUUACAACGAAGACAAAUUUAAAAAUUUGCACUAAUCUUGAGCUGUACAGUUUUCUGUGAGACGUCUCACUGGUCUGUUUGCAACAUUGAAGGGCCUGUUUAUAUGGAGCCGAGUUAUCCGGCUGAGCGAGUUUAAUCUACAAUAUAUUAACGCUCACAUUCAAUAGCAACUUAACCUAUAACUUAACCAUGACUUGUUUUGUUUGUGUUGAUUCAGAGGUAGUGGAAACGUCUUUGAAAUUAAAACGUCAACAAGUACCUAUGGACCUUGACCAAGAAAAGAAUCCAGUCACAUCAACUGGUGCUCGGUUGACAUCGGAAAUUACAGAUGACCUGAAGAUCCGAGCUGUGUUUAAAACAGCAAAAUCUGUAUCCUCACCCGACAAGGAUAAUUUGAGA